ACCUAGUUGACUUGACUAUAGUGCCAUUAUUCAUUUAUUUCUCUGGCAUUCACUAUUAUUUUUCUUUCUCUCUCUCCUGCUAUCUUUUUUCUCUCCAUGUACUAAAUAGAAUUCAUGAUUGUGAGCCUUUAGUUUCUCUCUUCUACGCGCCGGGGCCAACGAAGCAUUAGAGGAUCUUUCUAGCGCCAGAUGUACAUACCGGAAUGGUGAAUGAAUUGACAACAGGUGUUGAUUUUGAGAAAUUCUCAUGGAAAAUUGAGGAUUUCUCAAAAAAAAAUCUCAUGAAAUUGCGCUCCAAGCCUUUCAAAAUCCGGGGUUGUACAUGGAGGCUCCUUGUGUAUCCACUGAGGAGGGAUGUGAAUCACUUUUCAGUGUAUUUGAUGGUUGCUGAUUCUUUACCGCCGUACGGAUGGAGCAGAAACACUUUUUUCAAGUUAGCUCUAAUAAAUCAGGUGGAUAGGAAUAAGUCUAUAGCUAAAGAGACACAACAAAAGUUCAAUGGAGGAUAUCGUUGCUGGGGUUCAUUUUUCUUGAAUCUUACUGAUUUCAAUAACCCAAAACAAGGGUAUCUUGUGAGGAACACAUGCAUAAUCGAAGCACACAUAUGUGUCUCCGAUUUAGCACCUAAGAUUCAAGUCCACCCAAAUAGUUCUCCCAUCCAUGACUCUUGUGAUCAAGCAACAGAAGAAUCAUCCUCAGAUGAUAGGGACACCAUUAGUCCAAGAACCUCAGGAUCUAGUACUGCAGCAGAAGGUGAAAUUCAAGGCUCAAACAAUUUGACACUAAGAGAACUCAUAGAUUUUGAGAGUUUAGGAGCAGAAGAACAAGCAUUCAUUCCACUCUUGGAAGAGGUUUGCAUAUGGCACCCUAAUCUGAUAAAGUGCCAAAGGGAAAGGACUAGAAGGUUUAGACAAUGGGCCUUUACUUCUUUGGGCCAUGUUUUGCAUUUUCUCAAGACCAAAAGGGUUAAAGACAUCAAUGAAGAGGACAUAAAGUACCUUCAUGGCUUGUGGAAGGAACUUGUGAAGUCCUCAGGGUUUGACCUGGCUUGGCUGGAGCCAUAUGUUCAAUUAGCAUUGGGUUCGAGGGCAUAUAUGGAAAGAGCAAACCAAUUGAAGAAGCUGAAGGACAAGGUGGUUGCUUUGGAGAUUAAGAUGAAGCGGCUCAGGGGGGAACUUGCUGCUGCUGAAGGAGAGUUUGAAGUGGCAAGGAGAGGCUUGUCUGAAGUAAGAAGAGGCUUCAAUGAGAUGGAUUUAAAUGCUGCAAUUGGUUAUGCUAUGUUUUGAUCAUCCAAUUAUUUUGAUGUAUGGUCCUCAACUAGUUUUGGUGAAAGGUCAUGCACAUAGUUUUCAUUUAAUUCUGUACAAAUUAUGCUGAAACAGUAGUUAAUUUUUUUUUGUUAAGAUAGAAUUUAAUGUAGAUGUACAUUAAUUUGUUCUAAUUGAUUAUAUAAGGUUUGUUAACUUUUGUUAAAUUUUAAAGAUAAAUUUCUGGUCAA